UUUGCAAUGCCAGCGACGAGUGCCCCCAUCGCCGAGACGUGAGACUGGGGCGAGACUGGACCGAGCCCGCACUUGAUUUUCGUUUCUGACCGUGCUAUUCCCCCCUCCCGCCUCUGUUCCACCCCCAAACAAGAUGACCACAUCGGCCGAUGAGCCUCGGGACGGCCACGCCUUCGUGUCGGGCGAGUUCGCCUUCGUCUGGAACAACCCUCUCGGCAAGGGUGGCUUCGCCCAGGUGUUCUGGGUUCUGCACAAGGCCGCCGAGUACGCCAAUCGGGCUGUCAAGGUCUGCUCAGCACCGAAGGGCGAGGACCAGCCGCACGACGAGGAGGAAGACGGAGCACCGGCCGAGGGAAAGUGUAACGAAAUCGCAUUCUUCGAGCUCAUGGUGCAGCGGGCGAAGGCCAUCGCCACGGCAGCUGGGCAUCCGGGCAUCCGGAAGGCGACUUUCCCUCCUUCUGGCACCCGAAUAUGGUGCAAUACUACGGCCAUCGCAUGCCAGCCGACCCAGCCGCAAUGAGCUUUGGAGAUAUGUACAUGAUCUUGGAGUUCCUCAGGAAGCCGUACGAGACGUUGGGUGCCUUCAUGGGUGAAGGGUCAUCCCUCCUCACUCUCACCCUCACCAACCUGCAGCUCAAGGCGGCGACAUACCAGCUGCUCAAGGCUCUGCUCGCCCUUCAUGAGCAGGCGGCCGCCCAUCGUGAUCUCCAGCCAAGGAAUAUCAUGAUGGACGCCAAAAGAGUGGCGACAGGGCCAGGUGCGCUGAAGCUCCUCGAUUUCGGGCUGGCCAGUCACCCCCCGCCCUCGGGCAAGGACUGGCGGAAGGAGUUGAAGGAGCUGGUCUUUGGCACUCCGGGUGGGUGAGGAGACCUUGGCAGGCAGGCAGGCAGGCAGGCAGGCAGGCGCAGCGACGCGAUCUGAAUCUUGUGUGUCUGUGUGUCUGUGUGUGUGUCUGUGUGUGUGUCUGUGUGUGUGUCUGUGUGUCAGGAUAUUGGACACCGGAGGCGGUGCUGAUUCAAAGGCUGCUCCACAUCAAUGAGGAUGCAGGUAACACACGGCACCACUCUCCCACAACAGGCAGAUACACGAAAUACAGACAUGCACUCUGUUCGUUUGUAUGUGUGCGUUGUCUUCCGUUAGACCUAAGUGGCCUGCCGCUCAUCCACCCCAGUCAGCACGACGUGUUCCAGGCCGGGGUGCUGCUUUUGGAGCUGCACUUGUGCCGACGGCUGUUCAGGGUGCCCUGCACUUAUGUCGAGGGCAACAUGAGUGAGGAGGAGGUGUUCAAGUACUACACAGAGAUAUACACUGACUUCCUGGGCUGCCCGGGAGAGGGAGACAUGGCCAACAUGCCGGCGGUGUGGGCCAGCAAUACCGAGAAAUUCUCUUUGGAGCGGACCAAGGAGAAGAUACGCGCCGAGGCCCACGGCACCAUGGCGGAGGACGCCAUUGACCUGUGCGCAAGGUGAGGUGAAUUAAAAGCUGCAUGGAAAGGCACUGACUGGUGUGUGUCAUUUAUUUUGUGGCAACAAAUGGCUGUCAGGAUGAUCAGCUACGCCCCACACCGCCCUUCCAUAGCCGAGCUGCUGCAGCACCCAUACAUGAAGGACCCGGCCCUUCAGACGCUGAAGGACGCCUACUCCGCUGCCGAGCGCGGACCGUCCCCUCUCUCGCCGUGCCCCGCCGCCCCUGCUGCGCAUCCACAGCUGUCAGACGACAUGGACGAGGAGAGUGGCCCGUCGAGGUAUCGCAGGGUCAAGAACCCAGGCGACAGGGUAUGGAGGCAUUGAGGAAGAAAAGACAAACACAGGACAGCUGUAGGUAUAUUCCAUCUCUGUGUGGUUGUGUUUGUGUCGGUCGAUCAGGGUGCCUUGCUGCUUGCGCGGGAUCGGCCGUCCAACCAUCCCCCGACUGCUGACAACGAUGAGGAGGAAGGGCCGCGACGAUAUCGCAGAGUCAAGGGGUGGGCGCCACCUGGCCUGAUGCCGCCACCACCCACUUCGCCCCCACCCAUCGCCCCUCCGCUCGGCGUGACGCUGAAGGACGCCUACUCCGCCGCCGAGCGCGGACCGUCUCUUCUCUCGCCGUGCCCCGCCGCCCCUGCUGCGCAUCCACAGCUGUCAGACGACAUGGACGAGGAGAGUGGCCCGUCGAGGUAUCGCAGGGUCAAGAACCCAGGCGACAGGGUAUGGAGGCAUUGAGGAAGAAAAGACAAACACAGGACAGCUGUAGGUAUAUUCCAUCUCUGUGUUGUUGUGUUUGUGUCGGUCGAUCAGGGUGCCUUGCUGCUUGCGCGGGAUCGGCCGUCCAACCAUUCCCCGACCGCUGACGACGAUGAGGAGGAAGGGCCGCGACGAUAUCGCAGAGUCAAGGGGUGGGCGCCACCUGGCCUGAUGCCGCCACCACCCACUUCGCCCCCACCCAUCGCCCCUCCGCUCGGCGUGAGGGAUGACAGACCCAAGCCUGACAAGGCGAGAAGCAAAACCAAGAGGGCAGGAGCCGAGCUGGUCGAAGAAGAGCGCCCACCAAAGAAGAGCCGCAAAUCAGCAGGUGUGCCUCCCUCCAUACCAAAGUGAUGCACUCCCCUGCACUCGCUGUGCUCUUGAUUCAUUCAGCCGACAAUGAGCAUGAGAAGGGCGACCACAUGGUGGAUGCGAAGCAAGAGCAAGAACAAGAUCAUGAUGUCAAGAUGGAGGAUGAGAAUGGGGAGGUGAAGCAGGAAGAGCAUGACGGGGGUGGUGCUGGCGAUCGUAUGGAGGUGGAGCCACCGCACCAGCACAAGACAAGGAGGAGGCGCCGCGACGAGGCGGCCAUGCUGAAGUCAUCCUUUGGCGGCAGCGGCUACUGGUCCAAAGAGCUCACCAAGGAUGACACUGCGGGGCGCGGGUGGUACCGCCUGCGAAAACGCAAAUGCAAAUGAUACAGCGUGACGCUGCAGUGCGGAGGGGGUGCGGUGCAUGCGUGUGUGUGCGUGUGUGUGCGUGUUUGUCUGUGUGU